UCGAGUGUUAAGAUUUGAUCAGUCACAAGCUGCGGUGAUCUGAGUGAACAUGUCUGACUGAUGGUCUUGUAAAAUCAGUACAAACAGAGGCAACAGUUAAAAUGGCGUCCAGCCUAAACCUCACCGAUCACAUGCAGGAAGUGGGAAAGGAGGGAAUUUACGUUGUUGAAGAUGAACGGAGGAAGUCAGCGGGCAGCACGAAUGGAGAGGAAAAAGAACGCUGGGCCGCCCGCUACACCUUAGUGGUGCUCAUGUUCCUGGGUCUCGGCGUCGAAUACUCCCUUCGCGUGAACCUCUCCAUAGCCAUCGUGGCCAUGGCGGGGACCACGAAGACCUCCGGCAGCGGCAACUCCAGCGGCGACGUGUGUCCGGUUAAGGGGAAUGCGACCGAUGGCGAGGAUCAGAAUAUCGAAGGCGAGUUCGACUGGGACGAGCCCACCCAAGGCCUCAUCCUGGGGGCGUUCUUCUACGGGUACACGUGCACCAACCUCCUGGGCGGGCGGGCGUCGGAGUACCUCGGUGGGCGGCUCGUCCUGGGUCUCGGGGCGGUCUUGUCCUCCUGCAUCGCCCUCCUGUCCCCUCUCUGCGCCAGGACCUCCACGGGGCUCUUCGUGGCGUCCCGGGUCGCCAUGGGGAUCGCUCAGGGGGUGUCGUUACCUGCAGUGAAUUCGAUCAUGGCGACCUGGUUUCCUCCCGAAGAAAAGGCAAAGAUUAAUCCCCUCGUUUAUGGAGGCAUGCAGGUCGGCACCGUCAUUUCCCUGCCAGUGAGCGGCUGGUUGAUCUCCGUGGGGUUCCUCGGGGGGUGGCCCUCCGUCUUCUACGUCUUCGGGGCCCUGGGGAUCCUGUGGGGGAUCCCCUGGUUCCUCCUGACGCACGACAGGCCCGAGAAGCACCCCAGGAUCUCCCAGGCGGAGCUGAGCUACAUCCAGGGACAUCAGGAAACCGUCAAGAAGGCAGAGGUUGUAUCGAUUUCCUGGAGAGAGAUCGCCACCUCUGGUCCUAUGUGGGCGUGUAUUUUCAUGAUGACUGGAGGUAGUUUCGGCUUCUACACGCUGUUAACGGAGCUGCCAACAUACCUCGCCAACAUCCAGCACUUUGAUAUGAAUAGUAGCGGCAUCCUCUCAGCCCUCCCGUACUUAAUCCUCUGGGUCUUCGGCAUCCUCUGGGGGAUCCUCAUGGACAAGCUGUUCUCCAAGGGCGUCUUGUCCAUCAGGGCGGUCAGGAGGCUGUCCACUGCAGUCGCCCACUACCUGCCGGCGAUCGCCCUGCUUGCACUGUGCUUCGUCAACUGCGACUCCACCCUUGCCAUGGUCAUGUUGUGCAUGGCUCUAGGAUUCAGCGGCGCGUCCUACAGCGGGAACGCCCUCUCGGAGCAGGACAUCGCGCCCAACCUGGCGGGGACGCUGCUGGGGAUCACCAACACCUUCGGAUCGGCCACCGGGUUCUUGGCCCCUGCGACCGUCGGGGCCAUCACCAGCGGCAAUCAAGAGUCACUGGCUGCGUGGAGACUCGUGUUCAUCAUCACCGCCCUCAUCUAUGUGGUAACCUGCACGCUGUACAUCUGGCUCAUGUCAGCUGAUGUCCAGCCUUGGAACGAGCCUAAAAGAGAUAGGGAAAGACGGGUGGCGCCAUCUGCAAGCUACGGGUCGAACCAAACACGAUGGUGAACCAGUCCUCGUCGUCACGUGAUCGCUUCCGCUACUUGAACGACCUUCUUCAUCACGAACAUGUUUACUUAAAGGUGUUGUCACGCUACCACUUUUUCCGUCAAUUUUCUGACAAUUUUUUAAACUUAAAUACAAACAUUCUCGAAUAUAACUCUUGAUUCGAGUAUGCUUGGCUGAAA